AUGGACGGCCUACGAAGAUGCGUCAUAUUUGACAGUUUCGGAUCGACACUCCCGCGCCUUGAAUUCCGAGAUCUGACCCGCACAGGCGGUCCUGAUGACAAGGGUAUUGAUCUACUGGGAAAAUGGCUGCCAUUGUCUCUGCAGUACACCAAGUCCCCACCCCUAAACGUGGUGGUGCAGUGCAAAGCUGUAGCGCGAAAGGCUAGCCCGGAGAUGAUCAGGGAGCUUGAAGGGACCCUUGCUGGCGCGCCGGGUGAAUGGAGGGGAGAAGAUACGAUCGGGCUGUUGUGUGCGAAGAGGGAAGUUACGCGUGGGGUGAGAGAUGCUCUGAGGAGGUCGAAGAGGGCCGUGGUCUGGAUCAUGAUUGAGGAUCUUGACGAUGCCAAGAAGGACAGGAAGGGAAGUGGAGACGAGGUUGAAACAGAGGCUGGAGACAGCAAGGAAGUGCAGGAGGGAAAAGGAGGAAGGAUCAGGCAGAUUUUGUGGAACGAUCGGGUACAGGAGUUAGUAGGGAAGGUCACAGGGACCCGCGUGAUCCAUAUACCUGGAGAGGAUGGAGGGCGAAUGGAGACGGAAGUGCUCAUGUCAUACAACGGCAUGUUGGCGGUAGCUGACGAUGUCGGAAAAAGACUGGGGGACGAUAUUCCAGGUUCCUCGCAUCUAUGA